UAAAUAAACAUGCCCACCCAAACAAAAACUCCACAAAUGGCCCACAGAACGCCACCGCUCUACCCCGCCGUCGAGAAAUGCUCCUCCGACGACCGGGAAGCCCAGACCGUCGUCGCCGACCUCGACGGCGCACUCAUCCACUCCCGCUCCUCCUUCCCUUACUUCGCUCUUCUCGCCUUCGACUCCGGCGGCGUUCUCCGCCUCCUCUUUCUCCUCCUCCUCUCCCCAUUCGCCGCCGUCCUCCGCCGCUUCAUCUCCGAGUCUGCCGGAAUCCGAGUCCUCAUCUUCGCUUCGCUCGCCGGCGUUAAGCUCUCGAGCAUCGAAUCGGCGGCGAGGGCCGUGCUGCCGAAGUUCUACGUGGAGGAUCUGCGAGAGGACACGUGGAAGGUGUUUUCGGGUUGUGGGCGGAGGCUUGUGGUGACAGGGAGUCCGAGGGUGAUGGUGGAGGUGUUCUUGAGAGAGUAUUUGGGGGCUGAAGAAGUGGUGGGGACGGAGUUGGGGAGUUUUAUGGGCCGGGCCACUGGGUUUGUUAUUGGGCCAGGUGUUCUUAUUGGAGAGAAGAAGGCCGCGGCCGUUAAGCAGUUGAUGGGCAAAGAGGUGCCGGAGAUUGGAGUUGGUGGGUGGAAGGGUGGCUUGGAAUUCUUGAGGCACUGCAAGGAGGCGUACGUGGCCCCACCGAAAACAGAAACCAAAUCCCAACGGUCGAAUUUACUCCCCAAACCCGUAUUCUUCCACGACGGACGGCUGGUUCAAAGACCAACGCCUCUGAUCGCCUUCACCCUCAUACUCUGGUUCCCUUUCGCCAUUCUUCUCGCCGGACUCCGCAUCGCCGCCGGAUCUCUGCUCCCCAUGAAAUACGCUUACUUCGCCUUUUGGGUACUCGGCGUCCGACUCAUCGUCAAUGGGGCGCCGCCGCCGGCCGACGAAUCCGGCGGCCACUCUGGCAUUCUGUUCGUGUGCUCGCACCGCACUCUUUUGGACCCCAUCUUCCUCUCGGCGGCUCUCCGCC